AACACCCCCCUAGAAUCCACGACUCGUUCAAUCCAAUCGGGAGAUGGUCUUCUGGUCUUGGUCGGUUUCAUUGUGAAAACCCCCAUGUUUUGUGGAUAUCUGGCCGUUUUGGCAGGUUCUUGGCAAGGAGGAAGAUGGUGACAUAGAAACAAUUGAGAGAGAGAGAGAGAGAGAGAGAGAGAGGCAAAAGGCAUUCACGAGUGACUUGCAUAGAGGGAGAGAGAGGGGAGAAAGAGAGUGUGAAGGGGAAGAAGGAAAGUUGGGAACGAAAAUGGGCAAGCAACAAGAAGAACGCCACCGCUCCCUAAGGAGUAAAGCUGCAAACUUCGUAUCUGAUAUCGCCACUGUCUUCCUCAACCCGAUUUCUGAUAAACCCUCCAACUCUUCACAUCCUCAAGCUGACAAUGAGACUGAGGCAAACCAAAGUCAGUUAGAGUCAACUGCAGAGAAGGGUUCUGUGGAUUUGGUUGACACGCCUGAUACAUCUUCUUUUACUGCAUUUCUUCACUCCCUACUUUCAUUAUCAGAAUCUCAAGCAAGUUCCAAUCCUGAUGGGAAAGAUGAAUAUCAAGAAGAGUUGGCUGAAUCACCAUCUGACUCAAUAAUGAAAGGAAGUGGAGGGAAGAAAAGUUUAUUUUCAAGGGGUAAGCAAUCCCUUGGUAAAGCUCUUUAUAAGGCUGCAAGAUUAGGUAGGUACCGUACUGAACCGUCAGAAGUCAAGAGCUGUUCUGACAUGACAAUCAAUGAUGGAAACAAAUCUAGAAUUAUUGAUGAUGAGGGUGUUCCUAUGCAAAUUCUGAAUGAACCAGUGCUCUUGGAUGAUCUACCAGAAAAUUCUGAGUCCUCAUUGCUUCUUUCCAACAAAACACGGAGUACUCUUUAUCUUGCUCUCCCAGCCCUUGUUCAGGGAAAGAUUUGGGUGUUACUUUAUAGCACAUGGCGGCAUGGCAUUUCGCUUGCAACACUCUACCGAAGAAGUGUACUUUGGCCGGGUCUCAGUUUGCUGGUUGUUGGAGACUUUAAGGGUGCAGUUUUUGGUGGCUUGGUUGAGGCACCUUUAAGGCCAACAAACAAAAGGAAAUAUCAGGGAACCAAUAAUUCAUUCGUAUUCACAAAUAUAUCUGGACGUCCAGUUAUAUUCCGUCCCACAGGACGUGGUAUGCUGGUUCUGUUUUCUUCCGGCACACAAGACCAAUUAGGAAGCAUCUGCCCUGUGAUCAGUAGCACGCUGGAUUUGCCUCCUCUGACAAUUUUUAUAUAUAUUUCCGCACUCUCCCAGGCCGGUUAUUUAGCUUUCUCUCGGCUUAAACACAAAACACUCCCCUCCAAAUAAAUAAAUAAUGUAGCUCCCUUGCUGCUACAUCCCUAGAUCAGACCUUACUGCCUCCUCAGAUCAGCCCUGCUGCCAUCUUCACUGGAUUGGAUGCUCAUGAAUCAUGACUAUUGAUGAUAUUGUUUAUCCAUUUUUCACUGUAUACUCUCCCCCUAAAAGUGCAUACUGGGCUAAAAUUGAAUCUUUUGGUGUGAAAUGCUAUUGUUUCCGUGUAGUUUCUUCCAUGUUGUUAUGAAGUGCUUUAUCAUGAUCAUGUCAAAUUUGUGAGAGUUGAACAACUAUGAUUGUCAUAUCUAUCAUACACCAUUAGUAAUCAUUUUACCUGAAUGGAUUAAACUCUUUGCCUGCGAUGUACUUGGAUAAGAAUAAUGGGGGAGACCCUGGGCACUGCUGCCCCCCCCCCCCCCCAAAAAAAAAAGAAAGAAAAACUCAACUAAUCCUGUUUCCCAACAUUUGGGAAAAUUUGGAUAUUGAAAAAUAUAAAAAAAUGGAAAGUUUCCAUGAUGAAACAAUAAAAAAAAAAGAUUUAUUUUGGCUGUUAAUUUGCCUUAAUUUAUUCGUAUGUUCUAAAUUUCAAAAUAAUGUCAUCUUUUGUCCAUGGCAGCCUGAAAUGCUUUUACAUCUCAUCUGAAUACCUUAUUUUUAUGAUCAUUAGUUGGAAUACCCCCCCUUUUUUUUGUAAAUUUAGUUUAACUGGCCACUU